AUGGAGCUUCCCAAACCUCCAGUCCCCGUCCCUGAAUUCGUUGACUAUGUCAACAGGUACCCAAAAUCCCAAGCUGGCGUCGCUGAAGCCGUCAAGCCGUUCAAAGCUUUCGAAAGCAAGCUCAGAGAGGUCUAUGCACAACACCCUGAUAAUCCUGCGGCGACCGCCAAUUAUCUAGUCCCCGUAUUCGACAGUGCACCUCUCACCAUAAGAGCAAGAGACACCGGUCAAGAGCCGUCCACCGAGCAAGAGAAGUAUCUGCUGCCCCUAACUGACGAGCUUCGGAGAAAGCACGAAUCCCCGGCUACUGUGCAAUCCCUCAAAGAGUUCAAGACAAACUUCAAUGUGUUCUCCGAGUCGUCUUUGGUUGACCUGGAUUGGAGCAAUGUGGUCGUUGCCGGAAGUGCUGUAGUCACGUCCUUGCUCCCAGUGGAUGCACCUCACAAUGAGUCCAAGAGAGCCCUUCGAUCAUACUAUCAUGAAGACCUCGCACCCGCAUCUGACGUUGACAUCUUCCUCUAUGGGCUGAAUGAGGAGCAGGCCAUCGACAAGAUCAAACAGAUCGAAGCCAAAAUCCGUGAUAGUAUCCUCGCCGAGACCACCACAAUCCGCACCAAGAAUGCCAUCACCAUUGUCUCAGAGUACCCGACUCGCCAUGUCCAGAUUGUGCUUCGAUUGUACAAGAGCAUCUCUGAAAUCCUGACGGGAUUUGAUGUUGACUGCUCGUGCGUUGCGUAUGACGGUGAACAGGUCUGGGCCUCUCCCAGAGCGCUGGCAGCCUUUAUGACACAGAUCAACACAAUCGAUUUGACUAGGAGAUCCCCCUCGUAUGAGAAUCGGCUGUCAAAGUAUUCUCACCGUGGCUUCGAAGUUUUCUGGCCUGCGAUCGACCGUCCUCGCAUUGGUCCAACAAUAUUUGAACGUUCCUUUACAAGAGUUCAAGGUCUCGCACGACUGCUCGUCCUAGAGAAGCUGCCUCAUCCGAAUGAUCGAGAUACCUACCUUGCCCAACGUCGAGAGGAAAGAGGCCGGCCACCAUUACCACGGCAAAAAAGAUAUCGGCAUGAAUUGCCAGGAAACAUCAAAGACGCUCAGCCAGAUGACGUUGCCGAAUGGGUUGAAGGAGACGAAGUGUCCAACUACCACACCGUAGGGAUCCCGUAUGGGCCAAGAUACAACGCCAAAAAGAUUGAGAAGCUACUUUUCACAAAGGAUCUGCUCCUGAACGCUGAAUGGAACAGACCUAAGGACCGAGAGACGAAACUACAUCGCCAUCCAGCUUUCUUCGGGUCUGUCAAUGACGUGAUCCACGACUGUUGUGGGUUCUGCCCUCAGCCCACAACAGAUGCUGACCUAGCAGCUUAUGAGGAGGAGACCAAAGUCUAUAUCUCUGGAAACCUCACUUUUCUCAAAGACGACCCUGGGAGACAGGCUAUCGGCAGCUUUAAUCCCAUCACUGAUGACGAUUGGACCGAAAUGGCUUACGUGGGGAACACCACCAGACUCUGUCAAGCCAUCGUAGACCACGAUCUAGAGGCUGUGAGAGACUGGUUUUCCUCUCCGGACGUGGUAGAUGUCAAUCGACGUGAUCAUACCGGCCGAACCCCUUUGCACCUAGCUACAUUAUGCUCAACUCCUGAAAUUGUCCAGUGCCUUAUCGAGCAUGGUGCUCGUCUUGUUUCCAGGUUGUACAACGGCAUGACGGCUUUGCACAUCGCAGCUCAUCGUGGCAACGUCCAAAUGGUGAAACAUAUUCUAAAGAAGAGCGCGACAAAUGAAGAAGAAGAAUCGCAAAAAGAAGAGGCGAGAAAGGAGCAGCGAAGAGCCACAGCUUCUGGAGCCCUAGACAAAGAAGCCUCAAAGCCGGAAAACGAAAGCGCUGAUUCGUUCGAGUCUGAUGAAGACGUGGACGAAAUGGAGGAUGAAGAUGAAGACGAAGACGAAGACGAAGCCUUCACUGAAGAAUCUUUCGUGAAGAUCCGCGGCGGAGAGGAGGUUCCAGACGCUAUGGCAGCAGAUGACAAAGAUGAGCCAGACGUCUUUGACAUUGAUGUCCUUGCUUGGGAUAGUCCUCUGUCUCCUCUUCACCUCGCUAUCCUGGCGGGUCACACAGAUGUCAUCGAUUUGCUGAUCGACGAAUAUGGUGCUGACGCUCUCUUGCCAGUGAAAAUACUGGACAGCUAUGAUAGAAAGUCAGCCCGUGCGGCAAUUCUUACAAUUGUACUGGCCCUUGAGCUUCCCCUGCAGAAAGCAAACGAGACGAUCAAGACUCUCAUCUCUCAUGGCGCAAGUCCAGUCCAGGCAGACAACAAUCACAUCACAGCCAUCCAUUUCGCGGUUGACCAUGCCAAGGCAUCGAUCCUGGAGACGCUCCAAAACGCCGACGACACUGCAUUUUCGAACGCUUGCAAUUUCCUGGCUGUCUCAGGUUGGUACUCCAGUCCGUCAAUCAAGGCCCCUAUUACCACCGCCAUUUGUACGCGCAAGGUGGAAGUAGUUCAGACCUUACUGAAUGCUGGAGUACGACCACACAUUGACUUGGAGUCAUUUGCCCAAGCUUUCAAGCGAGGCAUCAAAGGACAUGUUACAGACGACCCCGAGCAAAUCAAAACAAUCUAUCAACAACACGUGGAACAACCAAUCGUUCUUGCUCUCAACAUGGAAAUGAUAGAUCUCGUCAGUCAACUGGUGGACAUGGGAGAAGAUGUCAACACCCUACCGACCUCUGCCCACCAGUAUCUUGCCAAUGCACACUGGAGAGGAGAGCCCAAGUCACUACUGGACCUUGUCCGGGACAGGGCCAAGUCUCUUGAAAGCUCUUUGCACCCGGGCCCCGAAGCAACAUUAGAGGAGCCAAAGUCAUUGGGGAGUGACGAAAGGUAUUUGUCUUCUGGUCAAGGAACCUAUCAAUACUGGACGGCAUAUCAUGAUCUUCGUGAGGCGAAACUUGUUGAGAAAUAUCAACGAGAGGAAUACCAACACCAACUCGUGUCAUCCUCCAUACCAGCAGAGAAUGGAACACAGGAGAAGCAUGCUGCCAUCCGAGACACUCUGUUGAAGUUGUCGAAACUUGAACAAAAACUUAUCUCCAAAGGUGCUAAACCGUUCCACGAGCUGCACAACGUUGAAGUCUCUGAUGUUAACUUGAGGCGAAAUCUUUACGCGUAUAAUCCCGAACCAAGAUUCAAAAAUGUGCCAUAUGAAACAAAGAUCUCAUUCAGAGUGGCCGACCUUACCCCGGAGAAGCACGCCAAAUACCUCAUGCUCUUUGAGGCGGCUUGGAGUGGCGAUUCGGAUACCGUUCGAUCACUGUGCUUGGAAGGCUCCCGACCACUCUCCGUAGCAGUCUCGGAUCUUCGCUCGUUCAGCCCCUUCUCCAUUGCGGUCCUUCGCGGACAUCUUGAGCUCGCCACCUUGAUUGUCGAAAUAGCCACGGCUCAGUACCAGCCUGACAAGAAGUCGGACCAGUAUCACUAUACUGUCCAAGCUAUAGACGACGACGAGGACAGUGACUAUAGCGAGAGGGAGAGUUCCGAGGACAGCCGUGAGGUCAAGGUUCUGGCGCAGUUGGUCAAUGACACCUUCACUAUUGACGAUGUGGUUGCUCUCGCGGAGAACGUCAAGUCGAAGAUUUCCCCUGAGACUCUGGUGAAGUGGAAUUGCAACGUUGAUCGCGCUCUUGCUGAAGAUGCGGACGAAGCCAAGGUCAGCGAGGCCUUCGGCACCUAUCGCCGGCCGACUGUCUGGAUGCGUGGAAACCGCUCAGCUCAGUCCUGGUCGUGGUUUCACGAAGCCUUCGAUUCGAUCCAGAACACACGUCGACACAGUCUUGUUCGAUAUGCAAUAUUCACCAACGACUUGGUAUUGCUGAAGUUUCUGAUCAAGACCGGCACGGCAAUAGCUAUCCGCAAGGAAGACGAAGAAAAUCUCAAGAUCAUGAAUAUCGACCAAGGUGACUUUGAACUUGCUGUCAGACUCGGCAGACUCGAGAUGAUAAGUGAGAUGAUCCGAACGACUGGUUACGGUUUACCUCUGCAGAAGAUGUUUCAAACCUCUGGUGUCAAAGUCGACGAGAAGCCACAAUACUAUCAAGGGUUGACGGUACAUGGUAAGAAGCGUCAGGACUGGGCAGACGCAAGUCGAAAGGGCGGCCACUACAGAAAGACCGAAUCAUCUGAUCUUGGCAUUCCAUUGCUUGUCGCGGCUUUUGAAGGGAACCUUGAGGCAACAGAGUACUUCCUGUCCGACGCACCCCUCCACCGCUACCUCGAGUUUGCAGAUUCAUUUCGCGGUGACAAGCAUAUUCGGGCUUUGGCUCAAGCCAAAGGCGGUCUUCAGGGGUCAUUAACGGCAUGGCUUGGAACACGCAGCGGGCUUGCUCUGCAUCUUGCUAUCCUUUCGGUGCCCAACAAGGACGGUUCUCAGCCGACACUGGAUUAUCUACUCAAAAAGAUGCCAGAGUCCCUCGAGCUGCGGUCGGCAAAUGGAAGUACCCCCCUUCACGUUGCAUUCCAGCCCAAUCGAUACUAUGCCGCGAAGAAAUUGAUCGCCGCCGGUGCAAAUCAAGCCACAAGGGACGAAAACGGGAGGAACAUCCUUCACAGCCUCUUGGACACUUUUGACUUUGACAAGCCCGCCUUGCUCCAAUCCGUCCUUGGUAUGCUUGACCGGGGUCUUGUCGGAUCGUUGCUUCUUGAACGAUGCACCGGAACCGAUCCCGGAGGACUUACACCCAUUUCUUUGUACCUCAAGCGCAUCAACACUCCGACGGGAUGGGAGGAAAGUGUGAAGCUGAUCCUCUCAUACUCACAGGGCAAAGACUUGGAGAAGAUGGAUGGUGCCGGUGAUUACCCUCUCCACAGCCUCGUACGUCGUGGGUCCCUCGAGCUCGUGAAGUUCCUGGUCGAGUACAGCCCUAGUCUUCUCCACUGGGAGAAUGCAACGGGAAUGACGCCUCUCGACGUUGCGAUGGCAAAGUACCUUGGAUCACUGAUUGAACAUCCACCUAACAUCGUGAACUCGACCAGCUGGAGUGUGGCAAGCGUGCCGGCGAUGGACUUCGCAGCGAAGCGAGGAAGAGACCAGAAUGAUGAUGAAGAAGGCGUAGACAACUACUCCGACCGAAGCACGGAUUGGCAAGUGUACCGUCUCGUUGAGUCGCUCGUGGCCAAACACCCCGCAAAGAGAAAGCUCGUCGGCCUUCACGACGCGAAUGAAGUUGCUAAGCGGCUUGCGGCCCAGCAGCAGAAGAAGAACGCCGAGAUGCGACGCCGCGAGAAACUAGGGAUGAAUGCUGGAAGCGGCCGCGGGUACUCUUAUCGGUAUCAGUAUCAGAACCAAGAAAGCACGACAGGACCGGAAGACGAAGUCAGCCUGAACCUUGUCAAAGCCCGGCGGUUUAUCCCUUGGGAUGAAAUGGCGUGGAGGAUAAAUGAGGCCGGUGAGAAGGGCAUUGAGUACGAGUACACGAGGAAGAUGGGAGAGUAG